CGGGGGGACUAGAGCGCGCUCCGCGGAGACGCGCACGGGAGGGAAGUGGAAAGGCGGAAGAAAGGACGUUGAAUAAACUUGCCAACUUCUAGCCGAGCAGCUAGAAACACAGUCAGAGAACUGUAAUGUUACAGAAGAACUGUUUACUUAUUUUACACAGAUAUUCAGUGAGCUCACCCACCGGCCUGUCUGCGCAAAGAUAUCUGAGCUCCACUCUGCUAACACCUCCACUCACCGACACGGGACUCCAGCAGUUUUCAAACAGACGACCCGGAGACGUCCCGCGUCACAAAGUCACAUUUAGCUGUCGUCAAAGUGCUGUGAUAACUGGAACAUUGUUAUAACGGAGCAUACACACAUAUACACACACACCAGCGGGAAUCGGGCUCAUCCUCCUCGUGGGGAAAAGUUGUACGAGGAUCGGCGGUCUGUGGUGGAGCCGCGAGGCCUGCAGUCAGGAGGCUGCAUGUGUGAAGUGUAUCGCUGCCUGGGAGUUAGCUAAACCUGCAGAAACAUGUCGGCCCAAGCUCAGAUGAGAGCGAUGCUGGACCAGCUCAUGGGGACAGGGAGAGACGGGGAUUCCAUGCGGCAGAGAAUCAAGUUCUCAGAUGAGCGAGUCUGCAAAAGUCACCUCCUGGAUUCAUGUCCCCAUGAUAUACUGUCUGGCACUAGAAUGGAUCUGGGAGAGUGUAUGAAAGUCCAUGACUUGGCCCUGAGAGCAGACUACGAGAUUGCUUCUAAGGAGCAGGAGUACUUCUUUGAACUCGAUGCUGCAGAACAUCUUCAGUCUUUCAUCGCUGACUGCGACCGCAGGACUGAGCUGGCUAAGAAGAGACUAGUGGAGACGCAGGAUGAGAUCAGCGCUGAAGUGGCUGCGAAGGCUGAACGCGUCCACGAGCUCAACGAAGAGAUCGGGAAGCUGCUGGCCCGGGCGGAGCAGCUCGGGGGUGAAGGGAAUGUAGACGAAGCCCAGGAGGUGCUGGAGAUGGUGGAGAAGACCCGGGGCUUAAAGAAAGAAGCAGAGGAUGUGUACAGGAACUCGAUGCCUGCCUCCAGCUUUCAACAACAGAAACUCAGGGUGUGCGAAGUGUGCUCUGCGUACCUCGGUCUUCACGACAACGAUCGUCGUCUAGCUGACCACUUUGGGGGAAAACUGCACAUCGGCUUCAUAGAAAUCAGGGAGAAACUUGAAAAGCUAAGGAAAGCAGUUAUAGAGAAACAAGAAAGAAUGCGUUCAAGAAGAAGAGAGGAGCGGGAAAGAGAUGACGAAAAGGAGCGCCAGUGGGAGGUGGAGCGUGAACGAGAACGGGAGCGGGAACGAGAGCAGGAGCGGAAUACUGAGCGUGAAAGAGAGCAAACCUGGGAGAGAGAAAGGGAAAGGGAGCGGAGAAGGUCGAGAUCUAGAAGUGGAGAACGAUACAGGGACGGGGGAACUUCGUCCUCGCACCAUUCAAGACGCCACCACUCAUCUCGUUCCAGAGAAGAAGGUGGCGAUCGGGAUCGUGAGCGAGAGAGGAAACAUCGACACAAGGAGCGGCAUCGCUCACGCUCCCACUCUCACAGGAGCAGAAGGAAGAGGUCCUCCAGAGAAAGAUCAUCCCACACUCGCGACAGAGAGCCCUCGCCGUCCCAGGACAAAGCAAAAGUGGGUGCAGCAGUGGAGGGUUGGCGUGACGAAAGGGCGGAGAGCGGAGAGUGGGAGGACAGGGAGAAGUCCCCCCCGCCUGCCGCGGACACAGCCAGGAUCGAGAGGGAACGAGAGAGAUCCCUCUCCUUAGAGCGGGACCGACGCUCCAGCUCUGAGGAGCGAGAGUCCGGAGAAAUAUGAACGGGGCGCCUCCAACGUCUUUGCUUUGGAUUUAUAAUUACUAAGAAAGAGCAUGGAGAGAUGAGUGUGUGUCGGAGUGAAUGUGUGUUUGUGUUAAAAGUGGGACAUUAGCCGGGGUGGACGGUGGAAACUUAACAUGGGAAUGAGGGAACAACUUCAGGGGUGGCGGUCAAGGAGACAUGAGAAUCCAACUUUUAUAAGACUGGUGUGUGAGGCUGGUGUGACUCGGAAGCAGACAUUUUUUAUGCCAUCUUGUUGAUCUAAUGUACAGUUCUUUUUGACAGAGUGAAGAGACAGCAGUCCUACUUUGAGUCUGUUUAUUUGACACACAUGAAGUGCUGUUAUUUUUUUAUUAUUAGUUAGUACUUUGAUGUUGACAAUGUUUUUUUUCUGUUCCUUUAGGAAUCAGUUUCAGUAGCUGUGGUUUCAUUUACACAGGGUGACCUCAUUAACGUGAGAGCAUCUCAGUAAUAUUUGAAAUGAGCUCUGAAUGACUGAACGCUCCUCUGAUGUUUGUGUUUAAUUCGCUGCCUUCAAGCCAUAACAAUCUCAUUUGAAAUCCGACACUCAACCCCCAGAAUGCAUUUAACUUACAGUGAUGAGCCCAUGCUUUGAAAAUGAACUCACUUGUCCCCACUGAAAGAAUUAGUCCAUAUAUUUGCGCUCAGUCCUGACAUCUGUAUGCAUAAAGAUGAUGUUCAUAUUUGCAGACUGACACUUAAAGGCCCAGGGACUUGUGUCCUGUUUGCUGUGAUACAACCUGGAGGUAUAUGGGAUAUGAAUCUACUUUGCUGUGCCACCAUUAAGAAAAUAAAAUGUUCUGCUUCUAUUCUA